AACAUAUAGAGACGGGCCCUACCCGACAACGGGCUCACAGUCCAGCGGUAACAGGUGCCCGGCUGCUGGAGUGGACCGCUUGACAGAGUUUCUCUUCUCUCUCCCCCGUCUGCCCCUCCUCCUCCUCCUCCUCCUCUCUUCCCUUCUGUGCUGGCCAACCCCGCCAGCCCGGAACCGGCCCCGCCGGGCAGCGGCCAUGGUGCUGAAAGCCCAAGCCCAAGCCCAGGCCCAGCCCCGGGCCGAGGAGACGCCCGUGAAAGUUGCCCUGCGGGUCCGGCCCCUGCUGCCCAAGGAGCGGCUACACGGGCACCAGAGAUGUCUGCGGGUGGAAACGGAGCCCCGCCGGGUCACCCUGGGUCGGGACCGAUGCUUCCGCUUCGACGAGGUGUUCGCCGAGGCCGCGGACCAGGAGGCGGUGUACGAGGCCUGUGUGCAGCCCCUGCUGGAAGCUUUCUUUGAGGGCUUCAAUGCCACCGUGUUUGCCUAUGGCCAGACCGGUUCGGGCAAGACUUACACCAUCGGAGAGGCCAGUGUUGCCUCCCUCCACGAGGACGAGCAAGGCAUCAUCCCACGCGCCAUGGCGGAGGCCUUCAAGGUCAUGGACGAGAAUGGCCUGCUGGACUUCACGGUGCGGGUGUCUUACCUGGAGGUGUACAAGGAGGAGUUCCAGGAUCUCCUGGAGGUGGGGACAGCCAGCAAGGACAUCCAGCUGCGGGAGGAUGACAAGGGCAGCCUCGUGCUGUGCGGGGUGAAGGAGGUGGCGGUGGAGGGCCUGGACGAGGUCCUGAGCCUGCUGGAGAUGGGCAACGCGGCCCGGCACACAGGAGCCACCCAGGCCAACCGGCUUUCGAGCCGCUCCCACACGGUGUUCACCGUGGCCCUGGAGCAGCGGUGCGGGCCCAGCCGCCUCCCCCGCCUCGCCCCCUCGGGGCCCAGCGCCUGCCAGCUGCUGUCCUCCAAGUUCCGCUUCGUGGACCUGGCGGGCUCGGAGCGCGUGGUGAAGACAGGCAACACUGGGGAGCGGCUGAAGGAGAGCAUCCAGAUCAACAGCAGCCUGCUGGCUCUGGGCAACGUCAUUAGUGCCUUAGGCGACCCCCGGCGCAAGGGCAGUCACAUCCCCUAUCGCGACUCCAAAAUCACGAGGAUCCUGAAGGACUCCCUGGGUGGGAACGCCAAGACAGUGAUGAUCGCCUGCGUCAGCCCCUCCUCCUCCGACUUCGACGAGACGCUCAACACCCUCAACUAUGCCAGCCGCGCCCAGAAUAUCCGCAACCGGGCCACGGUCAACAGCAGGCGCAUCCCUGAGCCGGGGGAGGAGCCACAGCUGCCGACCCGCACCCUCCAGCGGGCCCCGGACCGGCGGCACCGCUCCGAGACCCGCAUCAUCCACCGGCCUGAGCCCGCUGGGCCCCCCGACCCCCGCCACAGUCGCCGCCGUGGCCCCCCCGACCCCAGCGCCCGCCGAGCGCUGGCCGAGUGCGCCCGCUACCGGGCCUGCACGGAUGCCGCAUAUCGCCUGCUGCUGGAGCUGCAGGGCGAGGCCCGGCUGGCGGGGGAGCCCGCCCGCAGGGUACGGGAGUGGCUGGGCGCUGUGGAGGACCAGCGGAGUCCCCUGAGCUCGGCCUCGCGGCCCGACAGCGGCAUUGACAGCACCUCUGCCGCCGACGAGCUGGGACCUCGGGAGCCCGGCCUCAAGCAUGCUUCCGGAGCCCAGGGCCCUGAAGGUGAGGAGGACCAACAGCUGUUGAGCCUGCAGAGCCAAGUGGCCCGCCUGGAGGAGGAGAACAGGGACUUCCUGGCUGCCUUGGAGGAUGCCAUGGAGCAGUACAAGCGGCAGAGCGACCAGCUGCGGGGACAGCAGGAUGAGAUCACGGAACUGCGGCUGCGGCUGGAGCUGGCGAGGCCGGCCUGGGGCUCCGGGGAGCUCCUGCAGGGGCUGUCCCUGGGGGAGUCUGCCCCCCGGCCCCACACCGCCCCCCUGGAGGCCACUCGCUCCCACACCCUGGGCCUGGCCCCUUCCACCUGCCUCCUGCCACCUGCGGGGGAGGAAGGAGACCAGGCCCCUCCAGAGCAGGGCCAAGGGGACGACGGAGUUGCGGGAUCCAGUUGGCCGGAAGGUGUCGAGCUGGAGGAUGGCUCCUCCUUGGAGGAGGAGGAGGAAGAAGAAGGAGAGCAGGAAGAGCCCAAACGGUCCUUAUACCUGCGCAGGAACGGGAUCUGGAGCAAAAAGGAGCCAGUUGGCCGGGCAAAUGGGGAGCUGGUUGGAGGCACUGAGAGCCAGGACCUGAGCCCUGGGGAGCCCCAGCAUGACAGUCAGCAGCCGAGAGCCGCCGUGGGAGGGAGAAAGGAGGCAGAGGGCCCCGGCGCCAAGGCCGCGGAGUGGCGGCUGGCUCGGGCCCAGCAGAAGAUCCGUGAACUGGCCAUCAAUAUCCGGAUGAAAGAAGAGCUCAUUGGGGAACUGAUCCGGACAGGGAAGGCGGCCCAGGCAAUGAACCGCCAGCACCGCCAGCGGAUUGAGGAGCUGGAACGGGAGGCCCAGCAGGUGCGGCUGGAGCUGAGCGAGGGCCAGAAGCAGCUGCGGGAGCUGGAGGGCAGAGAGCCCCAGGACCCAGGGGAGCGGUCCCGCCUGCAGGAGUUCCGCCGCAAGGUCGCUGCCUGCCAGAGCCAAGUGCAGGUGCUGCGGGAGAAGAAGCGGGCGACCGAGCGCCUCGUGUCCCUGUCGGCCCAGAGCGAGAAGCGGGUGUCGGAACUGGAGCGGAACGUGCAGCUCAUGCGGCAGCAGCAGGGGCAGCUGCAGCGGCGCUUGCGGGAGGAGAUGGAUCAGAAGCGGCGGCUGGAGACAGAGAUGCACAGGCGGCAGCAGCGUGUCAAGGAGCUGGAACUGAAGCAUGAGCAGCAGCAGAAGAUCCUGAAGAUCAAGACAGAGGAGAUUGCAGCGUUCCAGAGGAAGAGGCGGAGUGGCAGCAAUGGCUCCGUGGUCAGCCUGGAGCAGCAGCAGAAGAUUGAGGAGCAGAAAAAGUGGCUGGACCAGGAGAUGGAGAAGGUCCUGGGGCAGCGGCGGGCGCUCGAGGAGCUUGGGGAGGAGCUGAGCAAACGGGAGGCCAUCCUGGCCAAGAAGGAGGCCCUGAUGCAGGAGAAGACGGGGCUGGAGAGCAAGCGGCUCCGCUCCAGCCAGGCCCUGACAGAGGAUAUCGUGCGUGUGUCAAGCCGGCUGGAGCACGUGGAGAAGGAGCUGUCGGAGAAGAGCGGGCAGCUCCGCCAGGGCAGCACCCACAGCCAGCAGCAAAUCCGCCGGGAGAUUGAGAACCUGCGCCAGGAGAAGGACCUGCUGCUCAAACAGAGGCUGGAAAUUGACAGCAAACUAAGGCAGGGCAACCUGCUCACACCUGAGGAGGAGCGGACGCUGUUCCAGCUGGACGAGGCCAUCGAAGCCCUGGACGCAGCCAUCGAGUACAAGAACGAGUCCAUCACAUGCCGGCAGCGGGUGCUGCGGGCCUCGGCUACCCUCCUCUCCCAGUGUGAGAUGAACCUCAUGGCCAAGCUCAGCUACCUGUCCUCCUCUGAGACCCGCGCCCUGCUCUGCAAGUACUUCGACAAGGUGGUGACGCUGAGGGAGGAGCAGCACCGGCAGCACCUCGCCUGCUCGGAGCUGGAGCUGCAGCUGGAGGAGCAUCAGCGGCUCACCUGCUGGCUGGAGGCAGCCGUCGAGCGGCAGCGGCUGGAGAUGGACCGCCAGCUGACCCUGCAGCAGAAAGAGCACCAACAGAACAUCCGGCUGCUGCUCCAGCAGAGCCGAGAGCACCUGGGUGAGGGACUGGCUGGCAGCAGGCGGCAGUACGAGGCCAGGAUCCAGGCCCUGGAGCAGGACCUGAGCCGCUGCCUGUGGGCAAAUCAAGAACUGACCCAGAAGCUGAACGGCAUGGGCCCCGCAGGCCAGAGCAGAGGUGGGGACCAGAGGGCUCUGUGCCCCGGAGACCACCAGCCCUCAGCGCCCCACAUCGAUGAGCCAGUGGUCUCUGAGGGUCCAUUGCGGGACUUGGUGCGGGCCCCGCUGCCCCUGAUGUGGAGACGCCCAUCCCUGCCCAGCGACGAGCACGGGCCGUCGGAAGAGCCCAGACAGCACUUGGCAGGAGACGCCGUGUUCAGGAGGGGACUGCCGCCUGGCGAGGCCUCCCUGCCCCGCAACCGUGGCCCCCUGCCCAAAGUGAGAUGGGAGGGACUGCGGCGGCCCAGCCUGGGAAUGAUUGAUGUGCAGAAGAACCCGCUCUAGCCGCCCCCUCGGUCCGCAGUGAGCUUUGGAGAGGAAGCGGCCACCGGCCCAGGUUCUCACUGACUGCCCGGUGAAACGUGCCUCUUCCUUCCAACAAGACUGCUGGCCUGAGUCUCUCCCACAAGCACUGUGGCUCAACUUUCUAGCAUUUUCCAAACACCUGAGAACUGAGCCCCAGUCUCGCCUCUUGGUCCGUGCUAGGGUCCCAGCCUCCCUCACAUACACCCACACACGGCCUUUGCCCAUUGGUUGACUUGUUGCUUCCAGGUGCAGGGGAGUCCCAGCCUUGGAGCUGCUGUAGACCUGUAAGCUCAGAGAGCAUGGAAAUGUAACUUUACUAUAAAAAUGGUAGAAAAACUUCAUUAAAAAUAUCAA